AUGAGUCGCUCAGACCUCUACAGGAGUGGAGAUACCACCUCGCCUAAGCUCGACAACGUCCGCAAAGGCACGGACAUGAAGCUUCAAUCCGGCUGGAAGCCUCACUUUGCGUGGGACCUCCCUAAGUCCGUCAGCCUCGGCACUGGAUUGACCGGAAAGAACGACCACGGCACUCACUGGCUCAUCGCGCUUACUAAUGCCAUGAUAUUCGACGAGUAUGUGAGCCUCCUCCGUGCACUCAUCUCGAAGUGUAAGAAAGCCGGUAUUCGUGCUGCCAAAGAGGGGGCCGCAGAGGCGUUCACCGCCCACAUCCCUCUUCCAGCUGCAAAUAGCGCUUCGAAGACCAUCCGCGUCGUCUUCAAUGCUCUUUCCGCCGUCUAUCGCGACAUGCCUGAGAUCGCUGGCUGGGACGAGAACGGCUACGCAUAUGUGGGCGUUCUCGCCUGCGCCCACAACAGCGGCGAGUUCAGCUUGGAAAGCGCGGCAUGGAGCGGUGAAGGGGCGGAGAGCACGAAGGCACAAAGAUUCAUCGCACAGGCGGUUGCUGUCCACAUGCAGACGGAGAAGCAGAGGUUGGUGUCAGCGGCGGAUGAAUUGUAUGAGGCGGUGAACACGAACAACGACCAUGCAGUCUUAACUUCUGUUCUGAAGCUGGACAAUCCCCAGAACCCGUUGAGUGUGUUUGUGUAG